AAGACGAGCCGUGGCUGCAGUCUCAGCUUCGGGUUCUGCCUGAGGCCAGGAAUCCAUUUCACCAUGUCAAAACACAUCAGAAACACAUUCCUUGUCCUCGCCCUCAUCACCAUAGGUGUAAUCAUACUCUUUGCUAGCAAUAGAUCACCCAGCUUAGACCAGAAACCUGUUGUCCCAGAGGUUAGUCCGCAAUCAGUCUCCAAUCAGAGCAUCACUCCCCUGAAAAACACCAAGCACUUCUUAGUCUCGGCCUUCAUGGAUCAGAGAAUACAGGGCUUUGACAUUCGCCUCAUUGGGAUUUUUCGGAAAGACUCCAUGCAGGAGCUCCACUGCUUCAUCUACUGUGCCGGCUACCCAAGUGAAACCACUCCAGCGCACAUUUUGCAACACUCAGAGAACUUUGGGUUUCCAUUCGUCACCACAGAUGUCAUGUGCCCGAUUCCUAAAAACUGCAGUGCCACACAUGUCACUCUUCUGACAAAGCCCAGCCCUGAGACGGGAACCAAAUACGACUGGCUUCCCAUAAGGAACAAGAAAACUAAUGGAGGAAAGGAGGAAAAGAUGGAUUUCACUGUGUGCAUCUCCAGUCUGUUUGGGGACUACAACAAUGUGCUGCAGUUUGCACAGACUCUAGAGAUGUACAGGUUGCUCGGCGUGAACAGAGUGGUGAUCUACAACACCAGCUGUGGCCCGGAUCUUGACCGUCUUCUGCAGAGCUACAGCCAGGAGGGCUUUGUGGAAAUAGUUUCCUGGCCAAUCGACAAAUACAUGAAUCCAUCGCGAGGCUGGCUCUUUUCAGAGUCUGGAGGCGAUAUUCACUACUUUGGCCAGCUCACCACACUCAACGAGUGCAUCUACAGAUCCAUGGAGCGUUCCCGCUACGUCCUGCUAAACGAUAUAGAUGAGAUCAUCAUGCCGUAUCAACAUGACAACCUGAAGUCUCUGAUGGACGAGCUGCAGAAGCAGCAUUCAGACGUGGGGGUGUUCCUGAUUGAGAACCACAUCUUUCCCAAGAAUCACUUUGAACCAAGUAGGAGGUUUCACCUUCCUCAGUGGAUUGGGGUGCCUGGAGUAAAUAUUCUGGAACAUGUUUACAGAGAAGACCCUGACCAAGCGAUUUACCAUCCACGCAAGUUGAUCGUUCAGCCAAGGAUGGUGGAGCAGACAUCAGUGCAUGAAGUGCUUCGAUUCUUUGGGAAGAAGUACAACGUCCCGAUGGACGUUUGUCGGAUCAUUCACGUCCGUGUUGCCCUACGGAAAUCACUGAAACUGGAGGAGCUCAAUGUGGACAAGCGGCUGUGGUAUUUUCAGGAGAAAUUGAUUCCCAACGUGGACAAAGUGUUGGAAAAUUUGGGGUUUCUAUAAUGAAAAUUGAAGGACGGGGUCGGAAGAAGGUUCCUAGUUUGCAGCUGAAAGCUGACAGUGAAUGUAUGCCAUCAGAGGGAGCUUGUUUAGUACUUUUUUUUUUUAGAUUUAUAGAACACACACACACACACAUCAGUUUUGCAAUGUAAUUAUGUGGUGUAUAAAAAAGGUUUUUCACAGGUUGUUAAAAUAUUUAUGUACUGUACAUGUAACACAGGAGUACACUCAUGCCUUUUAUGUUAUACUUAUUUGUAGCAGGAAUUCAUAACAGCAAAAGCUGAUUCUUUCCUAUAGAUAUAUUGAUAUAGAUAUAAAUACAUAUAGCUACAUAUAUAGAUAUAAAUAUAUACAGAUAGAUCUAUAUAUGUAUAGAUAUAAAUAUGACUCAGGUAUUUUUAAGUUGUUUCAUCAACUGGAAUUAUGUUUGCAUGUGAAGGUAUUUUAUCAAUGCUAGUAACAGCAUUUUAUUCCCAGAAACCUGAGAAAUGUAUUGUGGAUGAAAGUUCACACAGGGUUCUUUAUACCUUUCCUGCCUCAGGGAACCAUUUAUGGGAGAUCUAACAAACCUUUUAACCCUCCUGUUAGUUUCUGAGGUACAGCUCUAAUAUUCGUGGGUCAGUUUGACCCGGGGAGUGUUUUAUCAUGCAAUAGUGUCAAAAACCAAACAAAUUCUUUGUUUCUGAUUAUUAACUCCCACUUCAAUCAAUAUUUGUGCUAUGAUGUUUUGUUUUUUUAUUACUAUUUCUCACAAAAAAGGAGCAAUGAUGACAAUUUACUAAUUUGGACAUAAAAAAUAGAAUUUAUGUUUUUUAUGACCACUGAAAAAAAAAACCUACACACAAAAAAACUAUAGUUUUCUUGAAAUUAAUGUUUUGUUAAUAGUUUUUUUUUUCUAAGAACUUUGUAAUUGAACUUGAGACAUACAUACUGUUCUGGGUCAAAUUGACCUGCUGAUUAAAAUCAAGACGAACGACUCAUGCAGAAACUAUUUGCAUGAGUUUCUGCAUGAGUGGAGUUUGAAAAGAUUCCUGUUUUAAGUUGCACGAACACCUGUUUUCUCACAGGUUCCUAGUGAAGCAAAGAGAAUAGUGAGAAAGUGGGCUUGCUUGUGUGUGUGGGUGGUGUCUGAAAUCUGGUUCAUAGCUGCAAGGAAACUUACAGAAUUUGACUUUUUUUCUUUUCUUUUCUUUUUUACCCUUCAACUUGACUGCUGGGUCAAAUUGACCAGAACGGUGUCUAUGCAAAAAGUAAACACAGGGGAGGCUUGCAAAUGUGUGAAAUGAAUCAAUUUUCAAUUUAUAUGUAGAGUGCAUCUAUUAAGACAAAUUAAAAACUACUUCUAUUUAAAAAAAAUAAAAAUAAAAAAUUGACCUGCAACAUAACAGGAGGAUUAAUGCUGCCAUUUACGUUCAAACACUUUAGAUGUGACUGUCUCUUACUUUGCCUGCGAUUUCUGAGAUUGUGUGUCAGGGAGUAAAUAUCACCGCGGCUCAUGUGGGAGUAUGAGCAAGCACAAGAUGAGCUGCAGUAACUGCACUGAUUCUGUGUACUUGAUUUUGUUUCGGGAGGAUUUGGGGGCGGAGGGUUUUAUGUUUCAUGUACUUUACAAAUAUGCAAAAAAUAAAUAAAUAAAUAACUUUUUAUAAGUUUCA